AUGGAGACUGAUGCUUCUACUUCUAUCGUUUGGAACUCAUUACGAAGAGUGGAACCACGUGUGGAUUGGGCUGAAGCAGUUUGGUUCUCUCAUUGUAUUCCGCGUCAUGCGUUCAUGAUGUGGCUUAUAAUGCGAAACAAACUAUUGACGCAGGAUAGAAUAUUGUUAUGGAGCCCGACUCGCCGGAAGAAUAUGGAUGUCAUGUGUUGUAGCCUUUGCAUUGCGGAUUUUGAUUCACAUACUCAUCUUUUUUUCAAGUGUUCCUAUUCUAAUCAGGUUUGGUGUCAUAUGCGUGGCUGGGCCAAUAUGCAUGGUGUUCAACCUGAUUGGAAUUCUAUUAUGCAAUGGCUUAUAGCACGGGCUAAAUCUAGAUCGAUUGGUAAUGUCAUUGGAAGGUUAGUUGUUGUUGCGUCUGCUUAUUAUAUAUGGCAGGAACGUAACAAUAGAAUCUUUAAAAACCAUGCUCGUCCACCGGAUAUUUUGGCUAAAUUGAUACAAGAUACUGUUAGAUCAAGAUUAUGGAAGCUGAGGUUUAAGAAGACAGCUCGAGUUGUGCGCACAUUAGAGGUGUGA